UUAGCCGCACUUUCAAUUUUAUACCUUUGGCACACACCUUCAUCCCUCUCCUGCUGCUCAUCCACGGACGAAGGCUCAGCGUCCAAAUCAUUUUUGGACGGACGAAGGCUCAGCCUCAGCACUAAGUCAGUUGGCCGCUCCUCAAAAGAAAGCCGCAAAAAGAAACCGGCGUCACUUGGCCGCAUUGUUAAGACUCUUCGGAAGAAACCUACCUGCGACGAAUCUAAUUCAGAUUCUCAGCAUUCUAACGGAAGAACUUGCUCGCAGAUCAGAUUUCUAUCCAUUGGUCCAUUUGAUCAGAACAUUAUCAUUCUCCUUCACAGUAUUGAAUCGGUGGAGCUAUCAAACAAGAUGGACAAGGGCAUGCUAAGUGACAUGGACAAUCUUUCCGAGGAAGAUAAGACUCGUAUGUCUGUCAUGAUCGAUCAACUCCAAAUCCGUGACAGCUUAAGGAUGUACAACAACCUGGUGGAAAGAUGCUUUACAGAUUGUGUCGAAACAUUCCGUCGGAAAACCUUGGACAAACAAGAGGAGACAUGUGUGCGGCGAUGUGCAGAGAAGUUCUUGAAGCAUUCGAUGCGUGUUGGCCUCAGAUUUGCUGAGCUCAACCAAGGCGCUGCUACUCAAGAAUGAACUAUAUCCUGUUCUAUUUUUAAACACAUCUAUCCUUUGGUGGUUAGGAGGAAAGGAUGUUUGCUCCUGAGAAUGGUUUUGGAUGGUUGAAUCCAGUUUCCAUGUGGGUGGAACUUGAUCUUACUUUUGUAGACAAUGUUGCAUACGUUGUUUAGCUACCUUUUGAAAUUGAUCAAAGUUGUUUACUUUUUGAAGUAAUUUUUGCCCAUUUAUGUAUGUUAUUAAAUUCUUUUGGGACUAAGGCUUGGAUGUUGUUGUUGUAUGUUAUUAAAUAAAACCUUUUAAGAUAUAAGCUAUUUUGACAAAUGACGAAAAUUAUACCUUGUUGUGCACAGGUUUAUAUUUUUCUCGUGAUUUAUUCAUUGGAUAAUCUUAUU